CUCACCUAACCUUGCGCUGAUCUCUCUCUUCGUUUCAAGUUUCAACCCUGUCUUGUCAUCUCUACCGCUGGAUCAAUCCUUUGCACUCUCCUCCUAAAAUUUCUGAUUUGGCUUCUCCUCUUCUAAUUUCUAAAUUUAUACGUUUCCGGUCUCGGGUGUCGAGUUCUUAGCGAUCUCAUUAGAAAUAUCGCCGGCCACCUACCAUACCAAUUAGGCAAUUACCAUUUACCAACCCCUUUCUGAAGAUUCCGGCGACCUUGAUCUGAUCCUCCGGCAACCCACCAAAACUCCGAUGGCUACCAUUUCCAAGCUCUCAUCCAAUCUUCACCAUCCCCUCCAAUCAUCUUCCCAUCCCAACUCGCCAUCUCCCUUCUCCAACAUUUCCUUCCUCCCCUUCCAAACCCCCAACCGGUCUUCUUCUUCCUCGCCUUCGCCUUCUCUCCGGCUUGUUUUCUCCGGCAAGCCCUCGACGCCCUCUUUCCUAGUUAGGUGUUCUGCUUCAGCGGGGAAUGGGAGCCCUGCAAAGAGAACCACUCUUCAUGAUCUCUAUGAAAGGGAAGGUCAGAGCCCUUGGUAUGAUAAUCUCUGCCGCCCUGUCACCGAUCUCAUCCCUUUGAUUGAGACUGGUGUUAGAGGCGUCACUAGCAACCCUGCGAUUUUCCAGAAGGCUAUCUCAUCCUCCAAUGCCUAUAACGAUCAGUUCAAGGAGCUUGUGCAGUCAGGGAAAGACAUUGAAAAUGCGUAUUGGGAACUCGUAAUUAAGGAUAUUCAGGACGCGUGCAAGCUCUUUGAGUCUAUCUAUGAUCAAACAGACGGAGCUGAUGGCUAUGUCUCUGUUGAGGUUUCUCCUAGACUAGCUGAUGAUACCCAAGGGACCGUCGAGGCAGCGAAAUGGCUGCAUAAGGUGGUAGAUCGUCCCAAUGUGUACAUCAAGAUUCCUGCUACUGCUGCAUGUGUGCCCUCCAUUAAGGAUACGAUCUCACUUGGUAUCAGUGUGAACGUGACUCUCAUAUUCUCUCUCGCUAGAUAUGAAGCCGUCAUUGAUGCUUACUUGGAUGGCCUCGAGGCAUCUGGCCUAAGUGACCUCUCUAGAGUGACGAGUGUUGCUUCCUUCUUCGUAAGUAGGGUGGACACUCUCAUCGACAAAAUGCUAGAGAAGAUUGGGACUCCAGAGGCACUUGAUCUCCGCGGAAAGGCCGCAGUAGCUCAAGCAGCUCUGGCAUACCAGCUGUACCAGAAGAAAUUCUCUGGCCCGAGAUGGGAGGCCUUGGUGAAGAAGGGUGCCAAGAAGCAGAGGCUGCUGUGGGCAUCAACUAGCGUGAAAAAUCCUGCCUACUCUGAUACUCUAUAUGUGGCACCCCUUAUUGGACCAGACACGGUCACAACCAUGCCUGAUCAAGCACUUCAGGCAUUCGUCGAUCAUGGAACCGUUGGGAGGACCAUCGAUUCUAGCGUGUCAGAAGCUGAAGGAAUAUAUAGUGCUCUGGAGAAGCUGGGCAUUGACUGGAGCCAGGUAGGCGAUCAGCUGGAGGCAGAAGGAGUGGAUUCAUUCAAGAAGAGCUUUGAGAGUCUGCUGGACACCCUGCAAGAAAAGGCCAACUCCCUUAAACUAGCUAGCAUGUAAACUGGAAAUUAGCAGUCAUAUUGAGUUGUUGAUUGAUCUUUAGUUGCCAGUUUUCGGUAACGAGAACUUCGGUCUGUUGCAUCAUUGAGGUCGUGGAUUUGGCGUUGCGUGGGUCUGCACUAUAUGUUUUUCCAAUAAAUGUGCGUUAAUCGAUCGAUAAAUGAUUGAAACACUUUUGUUCUUCCUUCCCUUUCUUCAAAAAUUUCCAGGGCACUAAUGGAGUGGUUAAGUAUUAUUCCAUUUACAUAAGAACUGGACCACAGCUAACAGAGGUCUGGAUAAUAUGUGCAGGUAAAGGACCAUAUAUGUUUCUGGUGCAAUCGUCCUAAACUUCUGAAAUUGAGUUGCCCUGUUGC